AUGUCCGAAUCCGAGGAAAACAAUCAGAUUUUCCAAGAUGAAAUGGCUUCCUCCAACAUAAACACAAAACCUAAAAAAGAUUGGUCGAGCGUUUGUGAUGUUCGCGAAGGAACUCCGGUAUUCGGGACUCGCAUCCUGGAUAAUAAGGAUAACGUAUGGAAUCAUAAUGCUUGGGAUAACGUACAGUGGGAUGAAGAACAGGAAAAGUCGGCGCUAGAGCAAGUUCGUAGACAAGCCGUCAAGUCGAUGUUACCUGAAGAGCAAGAAAAAUAUCAUCAACAAGCAGCCGAAUACUGGAAUGACUUUUAUCGUCAUAACGAAAACAAAUUCUUCAAAGAUCGCCAAUGGUUGAAAAUCGAAUUUCCUGAACUUGUCGAAGCUACAAAGUUAGGUGCAUGUACUUUUCUUUUAACCAUGACAAUUGGCUCAAAGAAAAUUUUCGAAAUAGGGUGCGGCGCCGGGAAUACCAUGUUUCCAUUAUUGGCCGAGAAUAAAAACCCGGAGUUAUUCAUUUACGCGUGUGAUUUUGCCUCGAAUGCUGUCGAUGUCGUUAUGAACAAUCAAAACUAUGAUCCCCAAAGAUGUAAAGCUUUCGUUUGGGAUUUGACCAGCGACAGAAUACCGGAAUGUAUAGAUCAGGGUAGUUUAGAUAUAGUGGUUUUGAUUUUCGUCAUGUCGGCCAUACGUCCCCAAGAUUGGAACCAAGUUAUAGAAAAUGUCUACAAGAUGCUUAAACCCGGUGGUCUUGUUCUUUUUAGAGAUUAUGGCAGGUACGAUAUGGUACAAUUAAGGUUCAAAGAAGGUCGGAUGAUUUCCGAUAAUUUUUACGCUCGUGGCGAUGAGGAAAUCGAGUCUCUAUGGGGCACAAAGUUUACACUUGAACAAAAUGCCGUAGACAGGAGACUUAUAGUGAACCGGCAUAGAAAACUUCAAAUGUAUAGAAUUUGGUUACAAGGAAAAUUCAGGAAAAGGGAGAACUAA